AUGAUUACGGAGAAACGAAAAAUAUUGCUUUUCAUUGACAACUGUACAGCUCACAACAUAGUUCCGCCAUUGAAAGCAAUGAAAGUUAAUUUUUUUCCACCCAAUACGACAUCUAAGUUACAGUUCUUAGAUCAAGGAAUAAUAGAAAACUUCAAAUCUUUUUACAGAAAGGAAGUUGUAAGGAAACUAAUAACUGAUAUGGAACAACAGUCUGCUUCAUCUAUUAAUGUAUUGCACGCAAUUAGGAUGAUAGACAAGGCUUGGAGAAGUGUAUCUAUGACUACAAUGUCCAAUUGCGUUAAAAGCUGUGGAUUUUCGAAGCCACAAGAAGAAGCUUCAGAAGAACCUCAAGAGCCGGACAUGAAUUUAGAAGCGGACUGGAAUAAACUCCAGAACAUAGAAGUUCAAUUUGAAGAUUAUGUGACAUGUGAUGAAGGGCUAGCUACUACUAGAACGCUAACUGAUGCUGAAAUCAUUGACAUAGUUAAUCAGCAUACAGAUAAUGAUAAUGUUGAUGAAAAUGACGUCGAUCAUACUGAUCUAGCAGAUUUUGAACCAGUAGUAUCAAACAAGGAAGCCAGAGCAGCAAUUAAUACACUACGAACUUACAUUGAAAGAUGUGAUGAUAUUGAAGAUCGUGUGCCUUUAAUAGCUGAUGAAAUAGAUAUAAGCCCAUGGAAGAAUUUAUUGAUGAAGUUUGCUCAAGUGCAUGUGUGUUUGGAACAUCUGUACAGAGCGGAGACUUGUUUGAGGGCAGAUUUUGUUCAACUUAAACCGAUGGCAUCUAAGUUAUUAGAGAGCUAUGUAUCUGAGAAGUCAACCAUUAAAACAGUUGGUCAGCUGAUGAAUGAAGUUAUACAUAAUAUAUGUAUACCAAUCACAAACAAUAUAGUACAGGAUCAUCUCAAUAAACCAGCUGCUUGGUACAGAUUGGAGCUUGGUUUCAAAGAAGUCUCAGAUGUGAGAAACUACAAAGUAGUCAGCGUUUUCUCACAACUACCUGUGUUCCCGCCACAAGUAUGGCAACACAUAGAACCUCCUUCUGAAGAAAUUGUGGAAGUGACUUCUGUGGAAGAAUUGAAGUAUCAUCACACAAAAUAUAUGUUUAUAAGUGAUAAGUAUUCAAGGAAACUGGAUUUCUUAAUGUAA